AUGGACCAGAAGACAGCCUACAGGCCUCUGCUUUACCUACUGUGUCAAAGCUGGCAAGGCUUAGCUGAGCCAGCCUUGCAGACUAUUCGUAAUAAGCUGAAGCACCAGAAGAUGUCCUUGGACCCCUCCCACAUUCAGUCUCUGUGCCGGGUGUAUGUUGGGAUAUGUCGGCAGCUGGGAGACCUGGAAAAAGCGCGCCUGUUUUGCUACAGCCUGCUCAAGGAAGGCUUUCCUCAACCUGGCAAGUUAAUUUUGUUCAUGGGAAACAUGUGGAGCGACAUAUUCACUUCCAAAGAAGUGAUCAACAGAUCUAUCCAGCUAGUAGCCAGAAAGUGUUCAACGGGACAAGUGCUGGAAUACCUGGAAACUUUUCUGAACUGGGAAGAGAGUAGGCCAGUGGAUAUUGGUGUAAUGAUCUCCAGUUUGCUCUUGGCAAUCCAGCGGUGUCCACAAAUGGAAUUUCAGAUGAGUGAACAACGCGGAGAAGACCUGAAAGAGAGUAUGUGGGAAUACGUCUUUGCUAUUGAUCUGCUGUGCUCCUAUCAAAAGUGGGGCUGGACCCAUGAUCAUGUCAUAAGUAAGGAACUCUGGCCUAUCAUGGAUAAGUGGAUAAAGAACAGAAAACGCAGCGGAAGCGCUUCCUCCCCUUCCGAUGUGAUUGUAGCAACGGUGCUCAGGCUGAUUGGUCGUCUCGGUCAAAUCGGACUGAAAGAAGGAUUUUCUUCCACUGUAAAGAAUAUCAGUUCCGUUAUUGGAGAUUUCUUGCGACAUGCCAAAGAGCAAGAUGUGCCCUGGGGGGUCCAGUUGGCAGCGGUAUCUGCACUCUGUGAGUUGGGCCCCAGCAGCCCAUCUGAAAUAUUAGAAGCCAUUGGAGCCUGGGAAACAGUGACUAGAAAGCGCCUUCCCCCAGCGGUCAGCACUGACAUCGCCGAAGUCAGUCGCCUGCUAAAGCCAUAGGCCGGUCAUCAGUAUCACGUUCCGUUCGUCUCCCCCACAACGACCACAGACGACAACUUGUCAAACAGACUGUUUCUUGCAUCCGCAUAAAGUGCUACAGGAAUGAAGCCCCGCCCCUCUUCUUGAAGGACAGCUGAAAAUAGCGAUGUUCUGAGAACCAUUAAGCCUCCAGCGCAUCGCUCUGAAGUCAGAACCACAAUCGAGCAUUGCUGUGUCUUCUAGCAAGGGAAAAGAGAGGCAUUAUUGUUGUAUUAACCAGAAAACUCUGGGGGAAAUAAACAUUGCUCUGCUAUGCAAACAAGAACUGCUUUGGUCUUCCAGGAUAUAUACGGGUUGGAUCCAGCACAAAGGUUUUCCUGGUUCCAGCCCCACCCCCCACCCCCCGUAGCCAUUUCUGACCAAGGUCACCUUCACUGUAUGAAGUAAUAGCUGUUUGGGUUGGUGAGCUGCCAGAAGUCCCUCCCAUUCUUCUCUUCCAUUAAGAGAGGAAAAGGCAGGAAGGCCAACUUAACCCCGUUUCUUCUCCUCAUGGCAGCCUCCCAGCCGAUAGACGGAAGUGGCAACUGAGAGGAGAAGGGAAGUAGAGAAGGCCGCAAACACCAGCACCUUCCAGAGGGAGAGUGCUGGAUCCAGUCCUGUGAAUUUCAGCCUCCUGAGAUGACUUGGUCUCCCCGUAAGCAGGCCAAAUGCUCUCCAAAUGACACAUCAACAGCGCUGUUGAAACUUAACUUCAUAUUUUUAAAAAGAAAAAACACACAUCCAUCUAGCCUGAGUGUUCAUCAUCCGUGUAGAAAUAGGCCCCGGUUUCCUCGGAGAGACUGGCACAGGAGCUGCUGCUGCUGCUGCUGCUGCUUGAGAUGCAUCCCAUCCCAGGGUUGUCAGAGGCAAACAAUUUUUGUAGGGUUUUUUGUAUCAAAAAACCUGCUUGGUGAGAAGUCACAGUAGAGCAGAAAACGAGCCCCUCUCAAAUGGCUUCCAUCAUCCUUAAACUGUUGUCCGUCGAGAACCUAAAAUCAUAUUGUCUUAAAGUCUUAAGACCAUUGUCUUCAAAAAACCUUGAUCAAAUCAUGCCCCCCUUGGAUUUAGUCUGUUCGUCCCCUUGUUAAUAUAAGCAUGACUUUGUCACUUUGCAUGUACAGUAAAUGAGAGAUUCAGAGAUUCCUUCUCUGUGAGAAUGUGAAUUAAAAAUGGUGUAUUGCUAUAAUGUUUUUUCACAUUUCAUGUUGUUCCACUUGGGGAAUUUUAUUUGUAUAUAGAAACUGAUCUAAAAAUAGACACCUUGCAUUGUGUACUUUACUUGUAUUUAGACUUUUUUAUAUGUCUUGUAAAUAUUUUUCAACACAAAAUGGAUUUGUGCAUUAAAUUGGCAUAUUUUGUAAUCUAAUCCUUAUAAACUCCUUUUCAAAAUGUAA